GUUGACUUUACUUUUGCGCCUCUAUUCUAUUGACCCAAACCUCUCCCUGUCUUCCUCUCUCCCAUCGGUUGCCCCUGCAUUGCCAUUCCUCUCUUGUUCUUAUCUUCACCAUCUACACCUGUUGUCACUGCAUUCAAGGAUGGGUGGGCUCAAAGUGAAAGACAUUUUCAUCGAUCCCAGCGAUUUCAAACCUCGAGAUCUCGUUGUGCCCAACCCAUUCCCGCGUGAACAGGAGGUGUGGAUGGUUAGAUUUACACCGGAAGACUUCAAAGCCUUCUGGUUUCAGGAACAAACCGCCAUUCAAUUUGUUCCCUGCUCCGAACGAGGACCUAAUCGCGACAUCCGAAAACAGUCCGGCGACACUCUCCUCCCUCUCCAUAUCACCAUUCCUGGUACUAACGGUAGACCAAAGAUCUAUGACUGGAGCUUCCGCUUUCAAUGCAGAAGACACGGUCCUCCCAGACCCUUGGCGAUCGACCGGCCAUCUAUUGGCAUUGGAUGUCCUGUUGAGAUCCGGAUGAAAAAACCUGUCGGCAUGGAUGCGGUGCUCGUGGAUUACCGGUGGCAGCACAGCCAUGACCUUUCGGCCCAGACCUUGUCAAAUAUGCCUAUGGGCGCGAAUGAACGCAGCUGGAUCAAGCUGAAGGUGGCUGAGGGUAGCGACUGGAAGGGGAUACGAGCUAUGUUGCGAAUGGAUGAGAAUUCGAUGUCAGAGGUCCAGUACCGUUUUUAUGUUAUCAUGUUAUAUUGAGUCGAGCCGUUGUCUCACAACUUCUCAUUACUAUCUCUUGGCUCCUUUGUCCUUUAACAACACAUAGAUCGAAGAGAAGAAAUCUGGCGGCAUUGUCCCUCCUGCAUUUUGCCUGUCAUACGAGGAUGUGAGAAAGACGGUGUAUCGUCAACGGAUAAAGAAAUCUCGGAAAUCAUUAAAUACGACGGCGAGCGUGCAGACCUGGAUCGAAACUAUCAAAGAAGACGGAGGUAAAGGGACGUUUAUUGACGGGAUUGCCGGAGACGCGGAUCUUUACAUGUUUGCUUGGAGUACCAAGUUCCAACUUAAGGUACCCUUUUUU